UCGCCCUCUCUGCAUCUUCCCCUUCUACUAGAAGACAGGAACUCUCUUCCAGUAAUUUGAAUUUCCAUUUUCCCGGGACUUUUCUCUGCUCCCAAUCACGAACGUUUGCUGUCAUCUUCACCAAUACUCCUUACUCUCUACAGGGUUCUCUAAUUGCUGUUUUAAUCUCUAGAUUCAUUCAUCUAAGGUCUUUUAUUUUAAACAUCGUUAUCAUCAAUCCUCUACGUUAGGCUGUCGAGGAAUCGAACAACAGAAAUGGAGGCUUUGUACAAGAAGCUGUAUGAUAAGUAUGAUAAGCUCAAGAAGAAGAAAAUGUUCGAGUUGGAUGAAGUCAAUAAAGAUCAAGAGGUGAAGUUUCUUAAUUAUGUAUCUGCUGCGGAAGAGUUAAUACAACAUUUGAGAAGUGAAAACGAUCGACUGCGUAUGGAAGUUAAUGACUUGAGAAAUGAAGUGGCUUCAAUAAGGUCCACCAAGGAUGGGCAAUGUGCGGAGUACCAAAAGCUUUUAUUAGAGGAGAACCAAAACAAUAAAAUGCUUUCUGAAGAAGUUGAGAGGCUCCAAAUGCUGAAUCAAGAGGGACUCUCUUCCAGUUCUAAGGGUGCCAACACAGAUAAUGCACAACUGAGUGCAUCUUGUGGUACUCAAGUUGUUUCAGGAAAGGCAUCAAGCGGCUCAAGCAGAAGAAUGACAAAAAAGCGCAGCUGGGAAUCUGGGGUUGAGACUGAUAUACCUAAUGGCCCUAGCAAAAGAAAGACAAUAAGCCAUACUGGGGCUGAAUUUAAAGGUUUGGUUAUGCCUGUUAGUAGUGGUGUUGAUGAUGCCAUUGUAAGAGAAACAGCAGAGGGCUUAUCUAAGAAAACUUUGUUCAGUGGGGCUCUUGCAUAUGAUCAAUGGCCAGAAUGCUGCAAAAGAAUUACUAACGGAUUAGGUGGUGAUAUUAAUGACCAGGGCUCAGCUAAUUGUUUGUUCCAAGCUCUUGUUGAGUCCCUAGUGGGCAUGAAAUUGUCUGCUAAGAGUCAAGGUGAAGGACUAUCCAUUUCAGCUGUGCAUCAUUCCAGUGGUUACUCAUUCAGUUUAACAUGGGUAAACAAAACUGCUGGAGAGGAAUGUGAGCUUCUGUAUCGUGUCUUAUCGCUUGGUACAUUUGAGAGAGUAGCACCAGAAUGGAUGAGGGAGAUGCUGAGGUUCAGCACAAGCAUGUGCCCAAUCUUCUUUGAAAGAGUAGCCCGUGUGAUGAAGCUAUAGUGCCGAUGGUCUGUUACAAAUUUAUCUUCAUAAUGCUUAUAUUUUUCUAUCCACAUUGUGUUGUGAUUAGUCUGUUGUGUGAAUACUGUUUGUAUAUGUGACUAUAUGAUUUUAGGUUCCCUA